AACGAGCACUCGAUGGUGCCUUCCUCAUGCUGACAGAGCAACAGUCAGAAGUUCGGAGAGGCCAUUGAAGCCGAUCCCAGUAACCACGUCCUCUACUCCAACCGUUCCGGCGCAUACGCUUCAUUGAAAGACUGGCAGAAGGCCCUGGACGAUGCCACAAAGACGACCGAGAUCAAGCCUGACUGGGCCAAGGGUUGGGGCAGAAAGGGUGCUGCCCUGCACGGCUUGGGCAACCUUGGUGAGUUAACUCCACUGCUGCUUCAACAAACCAAGGGCCAAAGACUGACAGUGCUACAGUCGACGCCACGGACGCUUUCGAAAAGGCGAUAGAGCUCGACCCCAACAACGCACAAGCAAAGUCCGGUCUCGAGGCCGUCAGACGUGCCAUCCAGGCUGAGGCCGAUGAAGACGGCGCCGACGCUACCGGCGGACUCGGCAACAUGUUCAACGACCCUCAGAUGAUUCAGAAGCUCGCCGCCAACCCCAAGACUGCCUCGCUGCUCGGCGAUGCCGCUUUCAUGCAGAAGCUGAACCAGAUGAAGUCCAACCCCAGCAUGAUGGGUGAGGCCAUGCAAGACCCUCGCUUCCUGCAGGUCAUGAGCGUUCUGCUUGGUAUCGACAUGUCUUUCGCCGACCCUUCGUCACAGCAACAGCAGGGUGGCCAGCAGAGAGGUGAGGCCGAGGAGGACGUCCCUAUGCCUGACGCCAGACCCAGCCAACCCGAACCCGCAAAGGCCCCCGAGCCCGAAUCCGAGCCCGAAGACGAGGAGGCUGCUGCACAAAAGAAGGCAAAGGAGGAGGCCGACAAGGAGAAGGCCCUGGGUACCGAGAACUACAAGAAGAGACAAUUCGAUGCUGCUAUUGAGCACUACACCAAGGCUUGGGACCUGUACAAGGACAUCACCUACCUCACCAACCUUGGUGCUGCCAAGUUCGAGAAGGGUGACUACGAGGGUGCCAUCGAGGCUUGCAAGAAGGCCGUCGAGCACGGUCGUGAGGUCUUUGCCGACUUCAAACUUAUCGCAAAGGCCUUCGGUCGCAUCGGUACCUCAUACGAAAAGAUGGGUGACCUGCCCAACGCCAUCGACAACUACCAGAGAUCACUCACUGAGCACCGCACUCCCGAUGUCCUCACCAAGCUGCGCGCUGCCGAGAAGGCCAAGAUCAAGGCCGAGAGAGAUGCUUACCUGGACCCCGCAAAGGCCGAGGAGGCUCGUGAGCUCGGAAACCAGAAGUUCAAGGAGGCCGACUGGCCCGCUGCCGUCGAAGCCUACACAGAGAUGGUCAAGCGCGCACCCGAAGACCCCCGUGGUUACUCAAACCGUGCCGCCUGCUUGAUCAAGCUGCUCACCUUCCCCGCCGCUGUCGACGACUGCAACACCGCCAUCGCAAAGGACGAAAACUUCAUCCGUGCCUACCUCCGCAAGGCCCAAGCUCUCUUUGCCAUGCGCGAGCACAGCAAGGUCAUUGAUGUCUGCAACGAGGCCAUGGCCCACGACAAGGACGGUAAGAACCAACGCGAGAUUGAGCAGCAGAUGCAAAAGGCCAUCCAGGCACAAUACAGCGCUCGCGAUGGAGAGACCGAGGAGGAGACCAUGGAGCGCAUCCAGCGUGAUCCCGAAAUUCUGUCUAUCCUCCAAGACCCCGUCAUGCAGUCUAUUCUGCAACAAGCCAAGGGCGACCCUGCUGCUCUCCAGGAGCACAUGAAGAACCCUGGCAUCAAGGCCAAGGUCCAGAAGCUCAUGGCUGCUGGCGUCAUCCGUGUCGGUGGCCGAUAGAUUUAAUGACUUUCUCCUUAUGUUUGUCGUUUCAGCGUCUUCUACAAAUUCAUAGCAACACAUAUAUUCGAUGACCGUUUCAUGACAAUCUUUGUCCGGUUUGCAAUUUAGACAAUCCUUUGAAACACCCGACUGUCCGCAUCUCCGCCUGGGAGUAUGGUCUUCACGGACAGAACAGAAGACGUUCGUCUCUUCUUAGGGAUGUCCUGCGAAAGUGGCGUUGUCACCGAGAGAUAAACAGCAGCUUGAUGCCGAAUCAAGCACAUACGGCCACAGUCAGCUGAAAACUGGGCAUCCCGUCCGCUCUGCCAUACAUAAGCAGUUGAACGGCAGAUUAGUACUACGGUGGGUGACCACGUGGGAAUCCCUGCUGCUGUAUGUUUUGUCUUUUGCACGAAAUUCGUAAGCUUAUUUUGUGAACUUGAGAAACGGAUGACAAUCAGGGAAAUGAUAAUUUUGU